CCAUGGCAUUUGUUACAGAAGAUAGAAAAGCUGCUCAAGAGUCCACUUUCCCAAAUACAUAUACAUUUGACUUAUUUGGAGGAGUUGAUUGUCUUUGCUACUUCUCUCUUGUUACACUUAGUAUGCCUUUACUUAAGUAAAACUUGUAUUUAGAUUAUGUUGCUUUGAAAUUAACACUGGUUUAGCUGCUGGUAUCCUGUUAACUGAGGACAAAAGUCUUCAGCUGCCCAAACAAUGUAGAAAGUUGUAUGAAAAUGUUCUAAAUUUCCCUUGUUUUUAAAGGGAAAUAGUGAUACUUCCUGUAGAAGUGCUUUUAACAUAAGAAUGCACAGAGUAAGUGGGGGGAGGAGGGGAUAUUUGGUUGGGUUUUGUUGGUUGGGGUUGUUUGUUUAUUGUUGUUUUUUCUUGGGCUGGAGAUGGUAAAUAUCAAAUAUACUGUAAUUAUCUGGUACUAUGGCCAGAGAUUUGGCUGAUACAAGUGAGUUUAAUGCAGUGGUAGAAGCCAGCACUAUGUGUUUUUGAAAAUCCUACUCCAGGACUUGAAAGGGAAGUAGUCUAAGCUGCUGGUUCUGUGUAUGCCAUGUGCUGAUUCUGUGUUGCAGUAUUUUGAACUGUGAAGCAUGAGUAGCUUUGAAGGACACUAAAUUUGCAGUAUACUCUGUAUAUGCUAUAAUGUGUGAUAGUAUAUUCCUUAAAAUAUUUUUGGAUUCUGACAGCCUUUACAUCAAGGAAGAACAAAUGCACAUUUGUGUCUCCUCCCUUUAUAUGAAUACAUGUAAAAUAUUACCCGAGAGUACAAACACAUGAACUGGUACACAAGCCUCGUGGACUUUGGAUCUGAAUGCAACCCCAGUCCAAGAAAUAAGAUCUCAUAACUCCCUUUCUGCUCCUUCUGCCUCUGGUGAGGCACCCUGUUACCUAUUCUCUUUCUGCCAUUGGACUCUUGCGCUUCUUGCUGCAUACUGUUGCAGUUUCAGUAGGAUGGCUGAAGAAAGCCCUCUCCAAGGAGUGUCUCACACCACUGCAGUCCAGUCCCUGGAGUGUAUGUGAGGAGCAUACCAGUUCUGCAAGAAUAAGGUGAUAAAUACAUGCUUUUAGUAGAAAUUCUUAUGAGACCUACUCUUAUUACACAGAAAAAGAAACAGAAAAUAAGCGAUGACCUCAUCAAGGACUGUUUAAGCAUACUGUAUAACACGUGUAUAUGUACGGAAGGAGUCACAAGGCGACUGGCAGAAAGAAAUGACUUUGUGUUGUUCCUGUUUACACUGAUGACAAACAAAAAGACAUUCCUACAAACUGCAACACUCAUUGAAGAUAUCCUGGGAGUUAAAAAGGAAAUGAUACAACUGGAUGAUAUUCCCAAUCUUGCGAGCCUUGUGUCCAGUUUUGAUCAGCAGCAGCUUGCAAACUUCUGCAGGAUCCUUGCUGUCACAAUUUCUGAACUUGACACAGGAAGUGAUGACAAGCACACGCUUCUUGCCAAAAAUGCCCAGCAGAAAAAAAACUUGGGUCCUUCUCGAGCUGAAAUUAAUCAAGCUACACUUUUGAAUAUUCCAGGCUUCAUUGAGCGAUUGUGCAAACUGGCAACAAGGAAGGUGUCUGAAACAACAGGUACUUCCAGCUUCCUCCAGGAGUUAGAAGAAUGGUACACCUGGCUGGACAAUGCACUAGUACUUGAUGCACUGAUGAGAGUGGCAAAUGAAGAGGCAGAGCAGAGCAGUACAGAGUCUUCAGAUGAAAGUGGAUUGGCCAACACCUCAACACGAACACAGCUUCCACAGUCCAUGAAGAUCAUGCACGAGAUUAUGUAUAAGCUGGAGGUGUUGUAUGUUCUCUGUGUGCUGCUCAUGGGGAGACAAAGGAAUCAGGUUCAUAAAAUGAUAGCAGAGUUCAAACUGAUUCCUGGCCUCAAUAACUUGUUUGACAAACUGAUCUGGAGAAAGCAUUCGGCAUCAGCCCUUGUUCUGCAUGGACACAACCAAAAUUGUGAUUGUAGCCCAGACAUUACUUUAAAGAUACAGUUCUUGAGGCUUCUUCAGAGCUUUAGUGAUCACCAUGAGAACAAGUAUCUCCUUUUAAACAGCCAAGAACUUAAUGAGCUGAGUGCAAUCUCCCAUAAAGCCAACAUCCCUGAAGUUGAUGCAGUUGUCAACACAGACAGGAGUCUCGUGUGUGAUGGGAAAAGAGGUUUGUUGACCAGACUGCUUCAGGUCAUGAAGAAGGAACCAGCUGAAUCCUCCUUCAGAUUUUGGCAAGCAAGGGCAGUUGAAAGUUUUCUGCGAGGCACCACCUCCUAUGCAGACCAGAUGUUCCUGCUAAAGAGAGGACUCCUGGAGCAUAUUCUCUACUGCAUUGUUGAUAGUGAGUGCAAAUCACGAGAUGUGCUUCAGAGUUACUUUGACCUUCUGGGAGAACUGAUGAAAUUCAAUAUUGAUGCAUUCAAGAGGUUCAACAAGUACAUCAACACAGAUGAGAAGUUCCAGGUAUUUUUAAAUCAGAUCAACAGUUCAUUGGUUGACUCCAACAUGCUUGUUCGCUGCAUUACACUGUCCCUGGACCGAUUUGAGAAUCAGUCUGAUGCUAAAGUUGCAGAAGUCCUGUCAGAGUGCCGCCUCUUAUCAUAUAUGUCCCAGAUGUCCAUGAGAAUGUCCUUUCUUUUCCGUCUCAUUAAUAUUAUUCAUGUACAGACACUUACACAGGAAAAUGUCAGUUGUUUGAACACAAGUUUAGUUAUCCUAAUGCUGGCCCGAAGGAAAGAAAAGCUACCUUUUUAUCUGCGCACUUUGCAACAGAUGGAAUAUACAGAAAAAUACCCAGGCUUCAUCCUGAACAACUUCCACAGUCUCCUGCGAUUCUGGCAACAGCAUUACCUCAAUAAGGAUAAAGACAGCACAUGCUUAGAAAAUAGCUCAUGUAUUAGUUUUACCUACUGGAAAGAGACUGUAUCUAUACUGCUCAGUCCAGACCGGACAUCCCCCUGUGCCAUAGUUAGCUACAUCGACGAGGCAUAUAUGGACAUUGACAGAGACUUUUCUGAGGAGUAGUUCUUCGCUCUGGCUUCUGAUGGACAGCGCUUGGAGGGUACCUCACAGCCCAUGGAUUUUCAGGGAUACGCUGUGUAGUGUGUGUGUGUGCGUGUGCGGCUUGGAACUGUGGAGCGUUACUGCAUUGUUAAAACCCCCGUCCCCUCCUGGUCCCUAUCUCUGAUCUCUAACGGAUGAGACUUUGAAAGCUCUCUGGGCAACAUAUUCAGGGAUGUAUCUUCCAGUUUUUCUGGGAUAAAAAGUAAAUCACUGCAAAAACCAGCCUCUUUAUUUUUUUUUUUUUUCUUUUUUCUCUCUCCCAGUCCAGUGUUGCUGGUCAGAGAUUUUUUUUUUUUGCUGACAGAUGAGGAUACUCUGUAUGUGCCAAUUUAGUUGUGGCUCUCUUUCAUGGCUACCAGAAUUAGCAAGUCAAAAAGCACAGAAAUUGCCCUCCAAAUGUGAGGUCCAAGGAGCCAGUCUGACUGGGACCCCGACACACCAGCCACGUGCAGAGCCACCACAUGGACUCCCUUCAUGUGUAACUCUUCUGUUGGGGUUUGGAAUCAGGGGUUUAGGGUUGGUUAGAGUGUGAGUGUGUGUGCGUGUGUGUGUGCUUUUAAUUCCUGAGAGCCCUAGCUCCAGUCACCUCUUUAUCAUCUACUUUUGGAUCAUUUGGUACUAAACCUGUCUGUCUGUGCGUUAGGAGAGAACCUCUGUUCCUGCUGUCUUUCCUGCAGAUCCUUCCCAUCUGAAGGCAUUUUACAAUGCUGCGGAGAACAGAGACAUUUCAGCAGUGGUGGAAUUGCAACAGGGGUUGGCUUUUUCACGGAGCACUAGCAUUAAAAUGUACUAAUUUUUUAAACUUGCGGCUUGUCCCUUCUUGGGUAACUAAUCUGGUUUUAAAAUCCUUUUCAGGACCAUUGCUCUUGAUGCUAACCUGCUAUACCUGGAAGUCUUAUGUCAGUCUCUGCUUUCAGUCCUUAAUAUCAACACACACAUUAAUCUUGAAGUGCAAUAUUGACUGGAGAUGUCAUUUUUUUCCUGGAUCUAUUUUAAUCAGAAUGUGUUAAAUGCUGGGAACAAACACUCCUGGUUGAAAGUAACUUUGUAGGAUAUGUUGGGGAAGGGGGAAUCAGGUUUUGGCAGUCCUGAUUGCCAAACCUGCAUAUGCCUCACCUGCUCACCAGUGUUAACUGUGUUGCUCCAAGACAGUCAGAUUCCCAGGAACGAAAUACAGUCUGAAGUCCUGAGCUACUGCAUUUAAGUAAAAAAAAAAAAAAAAAAAACCAAAAAAAAAAACCCCGUGUCUUGCAGCUCCAGCUAAAAGAAACCAGUUUUCUUUGAAACAUGCAUCUGAAUUUUUUUAAAUUUUCUUAACUUAUUUGAUGAGAUGACUUCAGCUCUCUCCAGGCUCUGGUGAGGGACCGGUGGCGAGGAUGUCCCAGAGCUGUAGCAUUUUGUCUCUAACUGUUGCCAGCAGAAUGAAACCCACUCUGAGGCUCCCUGUGCUGGGGCCUGGAUAAGUGAAUGAGGCUUCCAGCCCCAGGUGCAGGACUUGCUCUCUAAAAGUCACCCUUCUCCUCUCGCUCAUCUCGCACUUCCGUGUCCUGCUGUGGACUUGCAGUCAGUACUUUGCUUGCAGGGUGGUCAGAGCUUCUGAGCUUGUGCAUAAACCUGGAGCCUUGCAGGAGCUCCUGGGGAUCCUUGUGUCCCUUCCUGGCGGGCUGAAUCCCCUGGGCAGACUCUGCCCAGCUCCAGUGAGGUUACCCUGGUCGCACCCUUUCUGUGCGGGAGCUCUUUGCUAUGGUAGCUGCAACUCUCUGUUCUUCAUCAGGUCACCCCUACCUGGCCCCCCUCCCUCCCCUGAGCUGAUUUCUUUCUCAUCUGUACUUUUUUUGUUCUUGGGUAUUUGUGGUUUUGGUGUAUCUUUGCUUCUUCUUAACUGUAAUAGAUGUACACUUCAAAUAAAUGCUUCAAAUUAAAAGGCUUUUAAGUUAAGGGAUGCCUUUUCCAUAGUCUAGUUAAUUGGUGCAUCCAAUGAUUGCUGCUAUAAACCUGCGGAGUCUCAUUUAAAUCUCUGUAUUUAUGUAACGUACAGUUAGGGGCCAAGCUGCAUCCGUCCUUGGCUAUUGGCCUGCGUGAGGCUGAGCUGAAAUCACGCCAGCCUGCCUUCUGGCUCGUGGGUUGCUCCUCCCCCAGCAUUGGGAGCACAGUAACUUUUGGGUGCUCGCCUGCUAGAGGCAGCUUGGCUUUGCUUUCACCUUCAGGCUGACGCAGGAGGCCAAGUUGGCUGACUGCAGAGAAGGGCACAGGAAAGAAACCCACAGUGCUCUGAGGAGGGAGCGCACUGGUCUCCAGAGGAAAGGCUCUCCCUGUGGUGGGCAGGGGCAUGAGCAUGCAGAGAGGGUCACAGGCAAAUUUUAACUGGGGGCCACAUUCCUGUGGGCUCAUCUGUCCAUGCCAGAGGCCUCAAGAAUCUUAUUUUGAGAGGGACCAGACAGCGCUCUCCUUCAUCCUUGUUUUGUCUUAUUUAUGGAGAGUACAGGGAGGAAGUGUCCUGCAUGGUGCUGGGGAGAGCUCACUGGCUUCAGUGGAGGUUGCAGCAGGCUGUGUGCUGCGACAGGGGUGGAGAAGGGACCCCUGUCACUAACAAAUACUGGAAGUCUGCACUAGCCCCAUGGAUUGCUGAGGUUCAUGCUGCCCGGAUUAAUGCCAAUUUACUAACUGCAAAUGAACGUAUUAAAUGGAAACUAUUAAAGAAAUCUAUUUUAAAGAAA